AGCCUGAGUCUCGAGUCUGGAGUCGCGUCGAUCGCAGUCCGCCAUCAAAUCGCGUGAGGUUCGCAAUAGAAUAUAGCCAUGGUCAAGACAUCCGCCAGCCUGGGAAAGAGCAUCUUGCUGGGAGCUCUGGUGUUCCUCGCAGUACUCGCACUUCUCACCGAGGCGGCCCCCUUCCAGGAGCUGGAGCCCCGCAAAGGUCAUGUGCCCGUCUACAUUCGACAUGGCGAUGAGCCGCUCAGCGAAAUCCAUCCAGGACUGGCCGAGGCCUUCAAGGAGGACGAAUCGCAGAGUCUCGUCACCGAAUCUCCCCAGGCGGAAACUACAAACCCACCAACCACAUCCGAUGCUCCCGCUCCCGCUCCGUCCAGCUCCACGGUAUCGGAUAUAGCCAGCUUUGAGGCCAUCAAAGGAAAGGCGGAUUAAGGAAUUGAAUAAAUUCAAAAACUGCUGCUUAAACUUAUUUAGUCUACGAGUUAAGUCCAUCAAACGAAAGCCCCCAAGGUCUGGUGACAAAUCAGCAGGCGAAAUGCUGUAUAUUUACACAUUUAAAUAAUGCCAGUUCUAACUGAAUAUACUAAAUUGGUUACUUUUCUUAGGCAUAGUCCGGAAAGAGUUAUAAUCAAAUAGUAUCCAACUAUUUCGCCAUUAAAUAUGGGUUUGAAAUUCUAUAUUUUACAAAACGAAAGCCCACUUAGCUCUUGCUUUAAAUCAAUGUUAUGAGUUGGCAAGUUCAAAAAGGUCCUGACCCUGUUUAAAAUAAACUUGAAAGUGUUCUCCAA